AUUUGGUCUCACCCAACAUUUUUUUUUAAAUUAAAAACGAAAUAAUUUAUUUUCUCAAUACAGAAAAAAUUAAAAAACAAUUUUAUUUUCCCAAAAAUAAAAACUUCUCCCCCUUUAGGAAACUCUCUUAUCACUGAUAAGAACUCAUACACAGAUAGAUCGCGUAGCCGAUCGGAGCGGAAAACCUAGCAAGCCCCUUCAUUUUCUCACUGCCUUUUUGCAUCGGAGGAUCUACAGCUGCGCCAAUCUGUUUCAACGUACUGUGGCGGCGGUGGCGGCGGCGGCGGUGGUGUUGUGGGUGGCGGCGGAGUGAGGGAGUCCGAGUGCUUUUGCUGUAUGUCAGUAGAUCGCGUCGCGUAUUACGGUGGAUACGGUGUGCUCGGGAAUCAGCUACAAUGGCCACAACUCAGAAAAAGGCGACGCUUCCUGCUCCGAACACGGCCAAUUGCUGCGCCAAUUCAGCCGCCGUAGUCCGUCGAGAGUCGGCGUCGGCCGCCCCCGCUGCUGAUUGGAAGGUGGCUGCCGCCACCGCCUCCGCGGAAGAGAAUCCGAGCAAGAGAGCUGCCGCCGUCGUGUCGUCCUUGAUUGGACCUGAGCUUUCUUCUAGUGCCUCCAGUAAAGGGAUCCAGAUCAUGACAAGGGCUCAAACUAAACAUCCUUUGGAUCCUUUAUCAGCUACUGAAAUCUCUGUGGCUGUGGGAACUGUUAGAGCAGCUGGAGCUACUCCUGAGGUCAGAGAUAGUAUGAGGUUUAUCGAAGUUGUUCUGUUGGAACCAGAUAAACAUGUUGUAGCACUUGCAGAUGCUUACUUCUUUCCCCCUUUCCAACCGUCAUUGUUGCUUAGAACUAAAGGGGGGCCUGCAAUUCCUAGCAAGCUCCCACCAAGACGAGCCAGACUAGUUGUUUACAAUAAGAAGUCCAAUGAGACUAGCAUGUGGAUUGUGGAGUUGACAGAAGUGCAUGCAACAACUCGAAGUGGACACCAUCGAGGAAAAGUCAUUUCCUCUACAAUCAUCCCUGAUGUUCAGCCUCCGAUGGAUGCUACAGAAUAUGCUGAAUGUGAAGCUGUUGUCAAAGAUUACCCUCCAUUUAUAGAGGCAAUGAGGAAAAGGGGUAUUGACGAUAUGGAUUUGGUCAUGGUUGAUCCUUGGUGUGUUGGUUACCACAGUGAGGCUGAUGCUCCCAGCAAUAGGCUAGCAAAACCACUUAUAUUUUGCCGGACCGAGAGUGACUGCCCCCUGGAAAAUGGUUAUGCUCGACCAGUUGAAGGAAUUCAUGUGCUUGUUGACAUGCAGAAUAUGGUGGUUAUUGAAUUUGAAGAUCGUAAGCUUGUCCCUUUACCUCCAGCUGAUCCACUUAGAAAUUAUACUUCUGGUGAGACAAGGGGAGGGGUUGAUAGAAGUGAUGUGAAACCCCUUCAGAUUAUACAGCCUGAAGGUCCAAGCUUCCGAGUCAAUGGACAAUAUAUUGAAUGGCAGAAGUGGAAUUUUCGUAUUGGUUUCACCCCGAGAGAGGGUUUGGUCAUUCAUUCUGUUGCGUAUGUUGACGGUAGUCGGGGUAGGAGACCGAUAGCCCAUAGGUUGAGUUUUGUGGAGAUGGUUGUUCCAUAUGGGGACCCUAAUGAUCCCCAUUACAGAAAAAAUGCAUUUGAUGCCGGGGAAGACGGUUUGGGGAAGAAUGCUCAUUCGCUUAAGAAGGGAUGCGACUGUCUGGGAUAUAUAAAAUAUUUUGAUGCUCAUUUUACUAACUUCACUGGAGGAGUUGAAACUAUUGAAAACUGUGUAUGCUUGCACGAAGAAGAUUAUGGAAUCUUGUGGAAGCAUCAGGAUUGGAGAACUGGCCACGCUGAAGAUGGGAAAAUUGAAGCAGAAGUUAAACUUACCGGAAUUCUUAGUUUAGGGGCUCUGCAACCUGGAGAAUCUAGGAAGUAUGGUACAACAAUUGCACCAGGACUUUAUGCUCCCGUUCAUCAGCAUUUUUUUGUUGCUCGAAUGGAUAUGUCGGUGGACUGUAAACCCGGAGAAAUGCAUAAUCAGGUUGUUGAAGUGAAUGUCAGAGUCGAAGAACCUGGAAAGGACAAUGUUCACAAUAAUGCUUUCUAUGCUGAGGAAACUCUACUUAGAUCCGAAUCAGAAGCCAUGCGUGAUUGUGAUCCGUUGUCAGCCCGUCACUGGAUUAUAAGGAACACUAGGACUGUCAAUCGGAGUGGUCAGCUGACAGGCUACAAAUUGGUGCCUGGGUCUAACUGUUUGCCGUUGGCAGGUCCCGAGGCUAAGUUCCUAAGGAGGGCUGCAUUUCUGAAGCAUAAUCUGUGGGUUACACAAUAUGCACGUGGAGAAGAUUUUCCCGGAGGAGAGUUUCCAAAUCAGAAUCCACGUGUCGGGGAAGGAUUGGCUUCUUGGGUGAAGAAGAAUCGGUCUUUGGAAGAGUCUGAUAUAGUUCUAUGGUAUGUUUUUGGAAUUACACAUGUUCCUCGACUAGAAGACUGGCCUGUUAUGCCCGUAGAACACAUUGGUUUUGUGCUUCAGCCUCACGGCUUCUUCAACUGUUGUCCAGCCGUUGAUGUUCCACCAAACUCUUGUGAAAUGGAUGCAAAAGAAAACGAGUCAAAAGAAACUGAGGUGCCUAAGCCUGCUUCACCUCUUCUUAUAGCAAAGCUCUGAAUGAUAAACCCGACUUGCUAUUUUCUCGUUCGGUUUUACUUUGCAGUCUCUUGUCUUAGUUUCUUUGCUAAACUGAAACCACUUUGUUGGCUCUGAAAACUCGUGGUUGGUACUUGAUAGACAUAUUAUGACUUGAAAUGAAAUGGUUUUUUCUCUAUCUAACGAAGUUGGAUGUUUUGGAUGGGAAUCUUUAUGUUGUGUAAUUGCAGAUGAGGCUUUUCCAUUGAAUUGAGACGAUUUUAAUUAAAUAGUG